GCCAUACUUCUACACUAACAGGGCGCACCCUACGGUAUACAACCAAUCGCAAGUGAAGCAUGUAAAGCGUCAAUACAGUUGAGCUUUGACAUCCGCAAAGCAAGAAGUAUGACAUCUCUUGCAGGUUACGGGCCGCCGAUGCACUUGUUGAAAUGCAGCGUGGGCGUCUUUGAGGGCGGCUAUCCUCGGGGCACGACCACGCGGUUCCACGGAGGGUUGCCGGAGACCCUCGUCGCCCUCUCGUCUGGAGAGCUCCGCGACCUCCCAGGCGCAACGGCCCGCAGCGGCGUCGGCUUGAGGCUGGGCGGCCUGCAGCUGUUCACCUCCUCUUGCGGCCCCUUGGGCGCGGGCGGCGAGGACGGCGAUGAGCCCUACGUCGGGAGCAGGAUGAUUCGUGACCCCACCUGGUGCGCCUGGUCGCAGCAAGUGUACCUCAUGGACGGCCAGGCGGUGCUCAGCCUGAACGGCACAGUGCUGUCCUUGGUGGCAGGCUGCCUGCGUGGCGGCGCCCUCGAUGACGACGAGGCCGAGGCCGCAGACGGCGUCGGCGCCACCGCGCGCUUCAGCUGCGCCCGUUUCGUCACCUCGGACCACGCCGGCUGUCUGUAUCUGGCGGACUGCGCGCGGCUGUGCCGCGUCACGCUGCCGCGCUCUUGGCGCGCCGCUGACGCGCCGCUGGGCUCGGCACGCGCUGCUGACUUGGGGACUCAGCGGCCGCCGGCGGGGGUGCAGCGGCGGCUUGGGGAGGCAGCGGCGCAAGGGGUGGAGGAGCAGGGAAACGGGCAGGAGGAGGAAGAGGAGGAGGCGGUCGUCACGACGCUGCUGGUGGCGGACUCGGACAUCACGGGGCUCGCCUUCGUGCCAUCAGGGGACGCCAGAAGCGCGGCGGGCACAGGCGAGGGCCGAGGUUGUCCCAGCGACGCAGCGGAGCGCGUCGGUGGUCCCUACCUCCUAUACAGCACAGACACUGCAAUAUAUCGGCUGCAAAUCCCGGAACCGCCAGCCGAUGACGAAGGAUCGAAGGCAAAUGCGACGGCGGCCGCGCCUCUCAUGCCGUUGCCGGAGCUGCUCGCGGGGCGGUCCGACCAGGAGGGCUCCGCCGACGCCGCCGACGGCGCCGCCGCGCGCUUCAGCCGCAUCUCGGGCAUCUGCGUCGACGCCGCCGGCAUGGCCUACGUCACCGACCACAAGGACGACGGCGAAACGACGGCGCUGCGGCGGGUGUCGCCCGGCGGCGCCGUGGCCACGGUCGCCGGCGGCGCCGAGCUGGAGGGCCAGCUGUCGUGGCCCAGCAUCCUGCCCGGCUCGGGGUACCUGUGCCUCUGCAGCUUCAGCCAACGCGCGCUGGUGCUGCUGGACCUUGGGCUGACGCCGCCGGCCUGCAUGACGGGGCCCGGGCUGAAGAGCGGCGCCGGAGGCGGAACAGGCGCUGCCGGGGGCGGCGGGCCAGGGCGCGGCGGCACGGGCUGGGAGCGCGAGGACGUGGGGCUCAGGCCAUUCGUGGGCGCAGACGGCGGGCCGCCGCGCUCGUUGGCCUCCGACCUGGGCUCUCUGCUGGAUUCGCCGCCCGACGCCACCUCCGACCUCACCCUGCGCGUCGGCGGCCGCCACUUCGCGGUGCACCGGGCCAUCCUGGCCGCGCGCUGCGACUACUUCCGGCAGCGCCUGGCGGCGGACACGUUCGCGGACGGCGCUGCGGCGGAGCUGGAGCUGCCGGACGCGGACGCCGACGCCUUCGCGCUGCUGCUGCGCUGGCUGUACACGGGCAGUGCGCCGCUGCCCACCGAGCCGGCGGCAAUGCAUGCGCUCGCGGAGCUGGCGGACCGGCUGCUGCUGCCGGAGCUAUGCCACGAGGUGCAGGUGCACAUCCUGGCAACCUUGUCCCCGGAGACCGUGGUCGAGCACCUGGCAUGGGCCGAGCACCUGGCUGGUGGCGGCGCCCCGCCCACCCCUGACGGGCCCAAAGACGAGCCUCCACCUGCUGACCUAGCCGCAGCGGCCGCGGGUACUGGCGACACUGACGAGGACGAGCGGCAAGCCGGUUCGCACGGGCCCAAUUCCAUCCACGCCGGUCGGCCGCAGCCGCCCCAGUUGCGGCAUCCCAACCUCCAGCCUCAGUCCAUCGACGCCACGCCUUUCUCGCAGCUGUUGGCGCGGCUGCGGUCCUGGUACGUGGCGCGGCACCUGCAGAUUAUGGAGGCUGCGCCCGAUGCCGUACGGCGGCUGAUGGCGGCGGCGCCGGACCUGGCUUUCCAGCUGCACCUGGCAGCGGCGCGGCGGGCGGCAGCGGCCUCAGCCGCGGCGGCGGUGGCGGCGGCCGGGAUUGGGGCAGCGUCGAGGGGUGCGGCGGGCACCAGGACUACUUGAGCGGGGCUUGCAGGGGUGUAGGGAAAUGCAGGGGCGCAGGGGAUGUAGACGGAUGCGGUGGUUGGCUCGUGGUUGCAGCGAGUGUGCGACAUGGAUGCGGGCCUUUGCGAGAUGAUCGGCGAUGGAUUGCGUGUUGAAAUGCGCGUAUGGCUGUCCGUGUACACGGACGCUGAGCGGCCCGGAAGUCUGGAAAGCAUGAGCCGGGGAGUCAGUUCGAGCUGGGCUGGCAACGCUAGGUCCUGGCCAGUAUCGCCCGACUGUGUUGGGCUGCCCGUUAACAGGCGCUCUGCCGAUGAGGUCGUUAGAACGUCCAUGCGGGGGCUGGCUAGAGAUUAGGAGUACAAGGUCGCAAGCUGAGCCGCGUGGGGGGAAGCUCUCUCUUUUCGUGCAGACGAUGGGAGGUGCACGCAUGGGCAAUGGCAUCUUGUGA